GGCCGGCCAGAGGCGGGAGAUGGGGGACUGGGCCGGCCCCUCCCCGAGGCGGAGCCAAGGGCGCCUGGCAGGGAGCGGCGCGGGCGGUUCGGCUGGCUCCCAGUGGCGGGGCGCGAGGGGGGACCCCGAAGAGGAAGGCUGCGCUUGCCGGACUGGCCACACUGCCUGCCAGAGCUUCGCCGCUGCGCCGGGGACCCCUGGCCCACCCCGCCAGGAAGCUUCCUGAGGCCCCCUCUGUGGGACCCGCAGUGACCGCCGGCCCGGCCCCUAGGAGGGGUCGGGGCCACCGACAGGCCCCCUGCCUGCCCCAAGGCCAAUGAGGCUGGCUUCCAGGGGGCCCAGGCCGGGGCGCAGAUGUGGGCCGGCCGACCCGAGAGCCCCCGGAGGGGCCUGGCGCCCGUCAUGCAGUCCGACGACCUCUUCGUCCGAAGGCUCCGCCAGCCCGCCCGGCCGGCCCUGACCCCUCACACCUUUGAGCCCAGCCGGCCCGGCGGAGCUGGGGGGCCGCUGCUGAGGAGCGGCAGCGACGCCGGCGAGGCCCGGCCCCCGCCCACGGCCAGCCCCCGUGCCCGAGCCCACAGCAACGAGGAGGGGGGCCGCGGCGUCGCCCCCGGCCGCCUCUUCGCCGACCCCCUGGCCCUGCUGGGCCUGCCCCCGGAGGGGGAGCCGCCCCCCGAGUUCCCGCCGGUCCCGGAGCCCCGCUGGUUCGCGCACUAUGACGUCCAGAGCCUUCUCUUCGACUGGGGAGCCGCGGCCAGGGAGCCCCCCCCCGACACCCCUCCCACCCCCGGCCCCGCGCGGGACUCGGGCUCCGACCUGCUGCUGGGGGCUCCCGGCUUCCUGAGCGAGGUGGGGGGGGAAGGCGAGCUGGGCCUCGGGGGCUCGCUGCCCCCCGCGCUGCCCCCCGCGCUGCCCAACGCUGCCAUCUCCAUCCUGGAGGAGCCCCAGAGCCGCUCGGAGCCCCACAGCCUGGAGCACACCGACGCGGGGGCUGGCUACUACCGCAAGUACUUCUACGGCAAAGAGCACCAGAACUUCUUUGGGAUGGACGAGAAUCUGGGCCCGGUGGCCGUGAGCAUCCGUCGGGAGGAGAAGGAGGGCGGCUCGGCCAGCCCCCAGCACAGCUAUCGCCUCAUCAUCAGGACGACUCAGCUACGGACGCUUCGAGGCUCCAUCUCCGAAGAGGUCCUGCCGCCUGGCCCCCCCCGGGGUCUGUCUCCCAAGAAGCUCCUGGAGCACGUGGCCCCCCGGCUGAGCCCCACCUGCCUGCGCCUGGGCUCUGCCUCCCCCAAGGUGCCGCGCACCCUCCUCACGCUCGAUGAGCAGGAGCUAAGUCUCCAGCGCAAGGUGGGCGUCCUGUACUGCCGGGCUGGCCAGGCCUCCGAGGAGGAGAUGUACAACAACGAGGAGGCCGGCCCGGCCUUCACCCAGUUCCUCACCCUCCUGGGGGACGUCGUGAGACUCAAAGGUUUCGAGCGUUACCGGGCCCAGCUGGACAUCAAGACCGACUCGACAGGGACCCACUCCGUCUACACCACCUACCAGGAGCACGAGAUCAUGUUCCACGUGUCCACCAUGUUGCCUUACACCCCCAACAACCAGCAGCAGCUCCUUCGGAAGAGGCACAUCGGCAACGACAUCGUGACGAUCGUGUUCCAGGAGCCGGGCGCCCGGCCCUUCUGCCCCGCCACCAUCCGCUCUCACUUCCAGCACGUCUUCCUGGUGGUCCGGGCCCACGCGCCCUGCACCCCCCACACCACCUACAGCCUGGCCGUGAGCCGCACCCAGGACACCCCAGCUUUCGGCCCGGCCCUGCCCCCAGGCGGGGGGCCCUUCCCGGCCUCGCCCGCCUUCCGGGCCCUGCUGCUGGCCAAAGCUCUCAACGGGGAGCAGGCCGCGAGCCGGGCCCGCAAGUUCCACGCCAUGGCCACGCGCACCCGGCGCGACUACCUGCUGGAGCUGGCCACCAACGAGGUGACCACCACGUCCCUGGACUCGGCCUCCCGCUUCGGCCUGCCCUCCCUGGGGGCCCGGAGGCGCGAUCGGCCCCGGGGCCCCGGCGGAGAGCUGCAGGCGCAGGGGGCCCUGGUGUGGGGGGUGCGGGCCGCGCCGGGGGGCGAGGAGGGGGCGGCCGCGGUGCCCUGCCUGCUGGGCAUCUCGGCCGAGACGCUGGUGCUGGUGGCCCCCCGGGACGGCCGGGUCGUCUUCAACUGCUCCUGCCGGGACAUCCUGGCCUGGACCUUCUCUGACCACCAGCUGGACCUGUACCACGGCCGGGGGGAGGCUCUGACCCUGCGCGUGGGCGGCGCCCCUGGCGAGGCUGUGGGCGAAAUUGUGGCCAGACUGCAGCUGGUGAGCCGAGGCUGCGAGACGCGGGAGCUGGCCUUGCCCCGUGAUGGCCAGGGCCGGCUAGGCUUCGAGGCAGACAACGAAGGCUUCGUGAGCCACGUGGAGCGCUUCACCUUCGCCGAGACGGCCGGCCUGAGGCCUGGGGCCCGGCUCCUGAGGGUCUGUGGCCGCCCCCUGCCCCGCCUGGGCCCUGGGGCUGCCGCAGCCCUCCUGCGCUCGGCCCCCAAAGUCUGCGUCACCGUCCUGCUUCCCGACGAGAGCGGCCGGCCCCGAAGGAGUUUCUCUGAGCUCUAUGAGAUGUCACUGCAGGAGCCCGGCCGCAGGGGGCUCCAAGGGCCCGGGUCCGAGGGCUCCCCAGGAGCAGGUCUACGCCCAGCCACAGUCCAGAUGCUUCAUAGUCUGUGCCUACAGGAUGGGUCCCCGGCACCCGGGCCCCUUCCAGGCCUCACGGAGGAGAGGACUGAGUUCCUGCACAGCCAGAGUGGUCACUCUCCCCCGAGCUCCCUGGCAGACAGGGUCCCAGUCCUGCCGGAUGCCACCCCAGACCUUCUCUUGGUCACCACCUCUAAGUCCCCCCAGCCUGAUCCAGACCAGGCUCUCCCCGAUAGCUCCACUGGACAAGAAGCUCUGGAGAACCCAGCCGCACUGCCCAGAGAGCUGAGCGACUCCUUCCUGCCACGGACCCUCUCCUUAAGGAAUUCCAUCAGCAAGAUCCUAUCAGAGGCUGGAAGCGAGCCCCUGGAAGAGGAAUGGAAAUCCAUCUCCGAGAUCGCUUCUACCUGCAAUAGCAUCCUGGAGGCUCUCUCCCAGGAGGGCCAGCAAGUGCCAGAGAGCGGAGACCCCAGGGAAGCCCUGAAAGCUGAGCCUGAACCGGGCCCUGGAAGCCUGUCCGAGAAGGUCUCCCACCUGGAGAUGAUGCUGAAGAAGCUCCAGGAGGACCUGCAGAAGGAGAAGGCGGACAAGGCGGCUCUGCAGGAGGAGGUUCGCAGCCUGAGACACAACAACCGGAGGCUCCAGGCCGAGUCCCAGAGUGCGGCCGCCCGCCUGCUCAGGGCCUCCCAGCAGCUCGGCGCUCCGGGCCCCUGAGCCACGGCCGGACGCCGGACGCCCUCCCACCUCGCCUGGCCCCGGUGCCCUUUCCGUGGGCACGAGGGGAAGGUGUGCCCCGUGGCGGCCCUUCCUGGAGCCCGCGUGUCCUCGGAGGACCCCCGACCUGUCUGCAAAUCCCGCUCGGCACCAGAGUCCUCGGCGCGGCGGGGAAAGGGUGGCCCUGACCGGGAGCCACAGGUGGACUCGUCCCUCCUCCCUCCGGAGACACAGGAAGGCCGGGCCGGGAGGGCUCCUGCCUCUCGAGGGUCUGCCAGAGAAGGGGAAGGGGCUUCCGAGGCCCCCCAGGCCAGCCCCCCGCCCAGAGAGGGCCCAAGACGGGAACGAGGCCAAGGACUGGGGAGUGACUGAAGCCUGAGGAAGCGGGUGGGGAUCUUGGGGCCUCGGAAGCCCCCCAGGCCCACCCCGGCCCUGCGGUGAGGGACACAGAAAUAAAGUGCGGAGAGCCCCGUCUCCCCCUCCCUCCCUGGGCCUCUGA